AAGUUCAGAGUUCAUACAUUACAGUAAAAAUAGGGUAGUCUUUGGCUGGCUGUCUUGUGCUCGUUGGGAAUAAUAAACAGCUCGGUGGUCACAGAACUUGAACGAAUGCCACCGCACCGACAACCGGCGGGGUAAAUCGGAAAUGGCACUGAGCUAAUCGGCGCACACUGUUACCUUCUUCUCGGUGGGAUUUAUAGAACCACGGCUAGCUGGGUGCUAACGUUAGCACGCUAGCUCGCCCAGGAGAACAUAGCAACCGCUGCUCGCUAACGUCACUGGACUAGUACUGUUUACUCUAAAAGACUGCGGCUAUGUUCGUCCAGGAGGAGAAGAUCUUCGCCGGGAAAGUGUUAAAAAUACACAUCUGCACCAUGGACGGCACGGAGUGGCUGGAGGAGGUCACGGAAGACACCACUGUUGAUAAACUCAAAGAGAAGUGCUUGAAACAUUGUGUGCAUGGAAGUCUUGAAGACCCCAAAACACUUACCCACCAUAAACUAAUACAUGCUGCUACAGAGAGAGUCCUCACUGACACCAAAACUGUUGCAGAAGAAAACCUCAAAGAUAAAGAAGUGUUGCUGCUCAUAAAGAAAAGACCACCACCAACCCCUCCCAAGAUGGCAGAAGUUGGCGCAGAUGAGAAGAAGAAACAAGAUAACAAGGCUCCAGACAAAGAUGCAAUUUUGAAAGCCACUGCCAGCCUGUCCACGCGCCACACAGACCGUACUGUUGCCCAACAUAACAUCAGAGAUUUUCAGACGGAGCUUAGAAAAAUUCUGGUUUCUCUCAUUGAAGUGGCCCAGAAGCUUCUUGCCUUGAACCCUGAUGCUGUAGAACUCUUCAAAAAGGCAAAUGCGAUGUUAGAUGAAGAUGAAGAGGAUCGGGUGGAUGAAACGGCCCUUCAGCAGCUCACAGAGAUGGGUUUCCCUGAGAGCAGAGCCAUCAAAGCUCUUAGAUUAAACCACAUGUCAGUGACACAAGCGAUGGAGUGGCUUAUCGAGCAUGUAGAUGACCCUUCUGUAGACACACCCAUGCCAGGCCAGGACUCUUCUGGUACAGCAGGAGCCACAGCAGCUGCCACCCCAGGUCCCUCAGCCUCAGCCUCAGCCUCAGCCUCAGCCUCAGCCGCAGCCGCAGCCUCAGCCUCAGCCUCAGCCUCAGCCUCAGGCUUAUCCUCUACUCCUAACCUCCUCCGCAGCCUCUCCAGCCAGUCGAGCACAGAAGAAAGCAGCAGGCAGGACGAACUCACAGAGAUCUUCAAGAGGAUCCGCAGGAAACGGGAGUUCAGACCAGACUCAAGAGCUGUCAUUGCAUUGAUGGAGAUGGGAUUUGAUGAAAAGGAGGUGAUUGAUGCUCUGAGGGUGAAUAACAACCAACAAGAUGCAGCGUGUGAGUGGCUGCUGGGAGACAGGAAACCUUCUCCUGAAGAUAUGGACAAAGGCAUCGACACCAACAGCCCACUGUUCCAGGCCAUUCUGGAGAAUCCAGUGGUGCAGUUGGGUUUAACCAAUCCUAAGACUCUGCUAGCGUUUGAAGACAUGCUGGAGAAUCCUCUGAACAGCACCCAGUGGAUGAACGACCCGGAGACUGGCCCUGUAAUGCUCCAAAUAUCCAGAAUCUUCCAGACCCUCAAUCGCACAUAGAGCCUCCUGGUGACCUCCCCUGAAUGACUGUGGCAGCUUGUGUGUGUGUGUGUGUGAGAGAGACCAUAUUGGGAUGUAUGAAGGUGUGUUUGGAUGUGUGAGAGACUGAGUGUGGCAGAGACACAAGUAUUGUUUUUGCCUUGAAAAGACAAAGCGGGAGGGGUCAAAGUAUGAAUUAAGAUAUUCUACAUAUAACUAUUUAUAUCAGUACAGUAAAAAAAAAAAAAAAAAAACGUAUACAAACAAAUGUUAACAUAAGCAUUAUUAUUAUUACAAUAAUAAUAAAAACAAGAUUUACUAUGUUGUUUUUACAUUUUAAUGAGAACAAUUUAUAGUCAUGACAGACAUGAUUUAUUUUAUAUAAUUUCUCCAUGUGCAAAAAUGACAUCCGACAUCAGUUUAAUGUUUACACUUAAAAGGAAACUGUUUUUGUAUGUUUUGCAAUAUUUAAAUAUCAAUUACAAUUUUGUGUCUGUCUCUUUAAAUUGUUACAUUUCAUCAGUGAUGAAUGUCUGGUUGUCAUCUGUCACUCCCAUGUUUGUCCCCCCCCCUCCCCUUGGUCUUGUUUUUGUCCAAAUACCUGCUUGAAAUUGAGAGGCUGCUGGUCACAGUUGUGUGUUCAUGAAGCUAAUUAAAAAUAGGCUUUCAGACACAUUACCUCUGUCUCCAUUCACGCCUGUGAGGUCACUGUAAAUCAACCGCCUCUCAGUGAAAAGAGAACAUCUGUCCUUAACUAUUUGACUUUCUUUGCCUUCUUAGACGAAAGCUGUACACUAAACUGUUUGUGUCUUAGUCAUGUUUUUACAAGGAAAUUAUAUAUUAGGACUGUGUGUUUAUUGUCAAUGUGCUCUUGAAUGUCAUAUAUUCAUGUUGCUCUCAAUUAGCACUUGUUCACCUCUAUGAAUAUCACUUACUGCAGCACGGCAGAAGUUAAAAGAAGGGUUUUUUUUGUCUCAAAAGGCUGUUUUUGGGAUGUUAAAUGAAGCUGAGCCUAAUCAACAGCCUUUAUAACUUUUAAUCUGAAUGAUGAAGAUUCAUGCUCGCUUCAUGCUGUGAAGGUUCAAACAUCUUCAUACGAGCGUAAACAUUUUAGAAUUCUCGACACAACCUACGUUGGUCUUUCGGUUUACCUUACCGGUUUUAUGUUGAGAGCAAUGGACAUUUAUGCUGUCAAACCAAAUCAAAAUGUCACUAUAUAACCUGCCUUGUCAUUAGAUGUACCCAUUGAAAAAUACCCUCAUUUUCUGUGCAAUAGCAAGGACUUCUGUUAACCUGUAGAGAAAUAUAUUUGAUUUGAGUGUUAAGAGACGUGUGAUUAGCAAUGGGGUAGUGUGUUACACAAUAUAAGCAUUUGCAUUGAGUACUUCAAAUCUUCAGCUGCGAGAAGGUGAGCUGAGCCUCUCCUGGUUGUACCCUGAGUUAGAAACAAUAUGGAGGGUGGUGUGUUUUGCCAAGCUUUUGAGUGUUUUUAUUCAAUAUUUAAAAUGUGGUAUUGAUGUGACUUUCUGCUCAGGGAGGCUGAGAUUGUUUUUCUAAACCUGUCGUUAUGGCAAACCUCUACUCACCCCAGUCUAGUUUGGAUUUGGAAAAUGGCUUUAACCAUCUGUGUAAAAUUUUGCUUAUGAAUAAGAACACCAACAAGACAUGGUUUUGUAAUUGCAAUAUUUGAAAAUAUUUAAAUGUUUUUAGAAAGAGGUGUCUGUUUGAACAAUGUAUUAUUACAUUAUUUAUAUCAAAGCCAAACUAGUAACUUGUUCUUAUUUAUAAUAUUUCUAGCAAACCUCAAAGCUAAUCUACAAAUGUGAAAAGAAAAUAAUCAAUUCUUGUUUUUACAAACCAUUAUACAAAUGUGCUAAUGGACUGGUAGGUUGCAACGUGAGUUCAAGUAUGAAGGAGGACUUCUACACAUGUCUCUGGAAGCCUCUCUGCACACUUUCUGCACUGCAGUGGACCUUCAUCAUAUCCACAGUGACCAGCUGUCUCACCACCUCCAUGCUUUGCAUUGUCAUGAGUUAAAAAAAAGAAAAAAAAGAAAAAAACUGUCCCGUCAUAUCUUGAAGCAAACAUUGGGAGAUGGAAUAUUUAAAGGAGAAAAAACAAGUCCACAGAAAACUUUGAAAAAUGGUCAACAGGAACAGAAAAGAACAAAAUGAACUUCAUUACUUCAGUAUGCUGAAGCACUGUUGGAGUCACAGGUUAAUGUUUUCACUCAGUUUUCAUGCAGAACAGUCCCAGAUUUACAACCUAUGCAAUAUUCUUUCACAGUCUGUUCAUCCCAACAGCCUCACGGCAACUGGCAUCUAAAUCACCAUUGCAUUAAAGUUAUUUUUUUGUGGCUGUA